CUCUCUCUCUCUCAGGUCCGCUUCAGCUCGCAAUGGAGACUCCACCAACGAAGGAGCUUCUGACGAAGAUGCUAGAGCUCGAGGAGAGUCACGAACGCCUAAAGCACGAGAUGUGUAGGCUGAAGGCCGCAUCCACAGAACAUGAUCAUUCGGUGUCGCCGGCAAAGAGAAACAUCGACCAGGGAGCUCUGGCGUUGAGGAACAGCUGCGCCAACUCGUUGCGGAAGGAGAGCAGUAUCAGUCUGAGAGCUAGAGUCGGUGGUGGAGCAGGACCAUCGGAAGGGAGGUUCACCCAUCAACAGUAUUUGAACAUUGUGCAGUCGAUGGGCCAAUCUGUUCAUGCCUUCGAUCUCAAAAUGCGAAUUAUCUUUUGGAAUGCCAUGGCGGAAAAGCAAUUUGGAUACUCAGCUGCAGAAGCAGUUGGGCAGAACCCAAUUAAUGUUAUGGUAGAUGAUCAGGAUGCUGCCCUUGCCAUGAACAUUGUUCAACGUUGUUUCAGUGGAGAGACCUGGACCGGUGAGUUUCCUCUCAGGAGCAAAUCAGGGCAUAGAUUUUCAGCUGUCACUACGUGUUCCCCAUUUUACGAUGAUGCUGGUUCUCUUGUUGGCUUAAUUGCUCUCACAAGUAACGCCGCGCCAUAUCUGCACCCUUGGGCUAAGUUAAAGGCAAAACAAGGUGAAAAAAACUCUACCCCUGUAAGUAGUUUCGUAUCAAAACUUGGUUUGGAGUCCAAAGGAGCUGUUUUAUCGAAACUUGGACUUGACUCUCAUCAGCCUAUACAAGCUGCUAUAGCAUCAAAAAUAUCAGAUUUGGUUAGUACCAUUUUUAAGGUGAGCAACAAGGUCAUGUUACAAACGCGAGCAGGUGACAACAGUAGUGAUGCCACACUCUCUGAGGGGGUCUUCGGUGCUGCUCUCACUGAUCACAGCCAUCACGGUGACUUUGGUGCCGCUCUCUCUGAACAAAGGGACGAUGCAUUAUCAAGUGGUGCCAGCAUACAAAGUGGGAAUUUUAUAUAUGCUCCUUUUGGUGUGUUCUCAUGUGAUGAGAGUAUUCCUACCUCAAAAGCUGUGCAUGAAGUUUCAAAAGGAAGGCCAACUAAUUCAUUAUGGCCUUGUGUACAUGAUGAUCAAGGGAAACAUAAGUCUCACAAGAACUUUGAAAGUGAUUCCUCUGAUAGUAAUAAGUCUACCAGUAAUAAGGGAAGCAGUUUGUGGUCUUCACCAAAUUCAACCAACAGAAGCAGUUCCAGUAGCUGCAAAAGUAUAAACAACAGUGUUAUGAACAAGGUUGAUACAAAUAGUGAUUGCUUGGAAUAUGAAAUUUUAUGGGAUGAUUUGACAGUUGGAGAAGAAAUAGGACAAGGUUCAUGUGGAACUGUUUAUCGCGGUCUCUGGUUUGGAUCUGGUGUAGCUGUUAAAGUGUUCUCCAAAGAGGAAUAUUCAGAAGAAGUCAUACAAUCUUUUAGACAAGAGGUAGCGUUGAUGAAAAGACUAAGACAUCCUAAUGUUUUGCUGUUUAUGGGAGCUGUGACUUCACCUCAGCGUCUCUGUAUAGUGUCAGAGCUCCUUCCACGUGGAAGCCUCUUCCAGCUGCUACAAAAGAAGACAUCAAAGCUAGAUUGGAGGUGGCGUAUCCAUAUGGCCUUGGACAUUGCUCGUGGUAUGAAUUAUCUGCACUGUUGUAGUCCACCUAUUGUCCAUCGUGAUCUUAAGUCGUCAAAUCUGCUGGUAGACAGGAACUUGACCGUUAAGGUAGCUGACUUUGGUCUUUCACGUGUUAAGCAUGAGACAUACUUAACCACCAAGUCCGGGAAGGGAACGCCUCAAUGGAUGGCACCAGAAGUACUUAGAAAUGAGUCUGCUGAUGAGAAGUCUGAUAUUUACAGCUUUGGAGUAGUACUCGGGGAGCUUGCCACGGAGAUGAUCCCAUGGGAAACUCUCAACUCUAUGCAGGUGAUCGGAGCUGUGGGGUUCAUGAACCAAAGGCUGGAAAUUCCAAAGGACAUUGACCCUCUUUGGGUCUCAUUAAUGGAGAGCUGUUGGCACAGCGAUGCAAAGUUGAGACCCACAUUCCAAGAACUGACGGAGAGGCUAAGAGAUCUGCAAAGGAAGUAUACAAUACAGUUCCAAGCUACUCAUGCUGCCUUGCUUGACAACUCUCUCAAGGAUAACUAA